AUGUCUGGCGAGGUAGACUACGGAUUUGGCGACCUCAUGGACGACCCAGAGGAUUACUGCCCACCUACACCCCCUCCUACAUCUCAGGUCUUCACAAUGCAAAGCGGCAAGCCCAUAACACUUCACCUCGUUGGUGCCAGCCCUACCGAAGCCCACCAUCUCUGGAACGGUGCCAAGAUGAUAUCCGACUUCUUCGAGGAGGAUCCUUCUCGAGUACGUGAGAAGACGGUUCUGGAGCUUGGCGCCGCGGCUGGUCUGCCCAGUCUUGUCGCUGCUAUUCUUGGUGCGCGCAAGGUCGUGGUGACAGACUACCCAGACCCAGAUAUCGUCAGAAUCAUGCAGAAGAACAUCGAUGAAUGUGACGAAACGGUUGAGCCUCGUGGCCGAAUCGCCAACACUGUCGACGCUGUGGGCUUUGUCUGGGGCGCUGACCCUAUCCCACUGCUUACUCGCUUGAACCCAACUGAUGACUCUCACGAGGAGCGCUUCGAUGUUCUUAUCCUGGCAGAUCUUCUAUUCCGACAUAGCGAGCACGGAAACAUGGUCAAGUCCAUCAAGGAGACCCUCAAGCUGUCCCGUGAGAGCGUGGCCUAUGUGUUCUUCACAUCAUACCGACCGUGGAAGAAGGAGCUUGAUGAGGGGUUCUUUGACAUUGCGCGCGAUGAGGGCUUCGAGGUGGAACAGAUUGCUGAGCGAAGACUCGACAAGCCACUAUUUGAGAAUGACCCUGGUGAUUUGGAUGUGCAGAAAACUGUCAAGGGAUAUGCUGUGAGAUGGUCUGCCGAGAAGUGCAGUUGAUCAUUACAA